AUGUCGCUCAACGACGCCUCGACCAAACGAGGAGGCGCAAACCGUCCCGACACAGCUGCAUCUGUCGCCACUUCCAGCUCUGAUUUCCGCAUUCCUGGCCUUCGACCUAGUGCACAACAGCAAGGUGGUAUCUCGCGCAAUGUCUCGCAAUCGCCCUCGCCCGCUCCUUCCUUUCUUCGUAUCUUCGCUCCACAGCAUGAAUCUGCAGGCGCGACUUGGUACGAUGGCCGCACAGGUCGAGAUUCUCCGGUUGCCUGGCUCGCAAAACAUGGUCCAUCGCCGAGGGAGCUCCUCGACAGCUCGCAGGGACCCAUAGAGCAUCGUCAGCCUUUCACAUCCUCAGUGCAGCGAACUCUGGGCGUUCGAAAUUGGGAUGCGGCUCACACUGCGCCUGCAUCUGCUCCUCCUACAAGCCUCCCAAGCGGUGAUCACGUUCGGCCGUUCACAGCCUCCUCGUACCAUCGAAGCAGAUUGGUCACCGCCGACGGAUUUGUGGGUAGCUACGUGUGUGCCCUGCUCGAGAAUCGUGGAGUCGGCCGCGAAGUUGGAAUCGCUUCCAUCGAGCGAGAGACGGGGCUCUGCGUCAUCACACAGCUGGCAGAUACUCCGACAUACGUUCGGACCGUCCAGCACAUGUCCAUGUAUCCUCCGAGCAUCCUGCUAGUACCAGCCUCGGGUUCGUCGCGCAGCGGCAAACAUGGCUCAUUCACAUCGACCACUCGGAGCAAGCGAGCCAAGACCCACGAUGGCAACGACGGCGAGACGAACGGGGACCGCUCGGAAGAGCAGCUACAGAGAGGUCAGCAGUCGGUACUCAUCAGUACUCUCGAGCAGAUCUACGGCAUUCAAGCGCAGCCUUUCAAUCGAAAGCACUGGAACUAUCAGGAGGGAGCACGGUAUCUUGAUCGGCUGCUGAUUGACGACGCUGACGAGAUCAAAGCGGAAGAGGAGCUUGCUGGGCCUCUGUCAGCGAAGGAAAAAGCUCCUUCCAGUCAGCAGUCGCAGCGUCCUGCUUCAUCUCGACCGCAGACGGGCCGAUACUCGCUGGACCUGCACGCAAAGGCUUCGACACGAGCUGCUAUUCUGGUGGCGGUGGCCGACAAGUUCUAUCUCCUCUCCGCCCUCGCCGGUCUUUUGGACUUCUACACCGAGUCCUUCAACCGCGUCUUCACGCCAAAGACACUUCGUAUUCGCUUCGUGGUCCCUGAAGGCACGACCUUAAUCAACAGCAACACCGUUCAUGAUCUCGAGCUGGUCCGCAACUUGAUUGACCCUCGUUCAAAUGACUCUCUCUUCGGAUUGCUCGAUCACUGCGUCACGCCCAUGGGGAAGAGAUUGCUCAAAAUGAACUUACUUCAGCCGUUGACAGACCCUGAUGCUCUCUCAGUGCGACAGGACGCCGUAGCCGAGUGUGUCAACAGCGAGGAACGCUACAUUGCCAUCCGAGAAAGUCUCAAGCCGAUCCGCGAAAAGGGUAUCGAUCUCGACAAGCUCAUUCAUUCCCUGUCCUGUCCGCAAAGAGGCGAGCCUCCAAAAGAAGUAACCGAGAGAAAGGUCAGCAGCAUUCUUGCUCUUCGCACUCUAUUGCUCUCUCUUGGUCCAGCGCGAGCAGCCCUGCACAACUCCUCGAGCCAACUACUACAGUCCAUCUCUGACUUCUUCGAGUCCAGCGAAAUCGACGAGAUCAGCAGGGCAAUCCAGGCGACUAUCGACGAAGAUGUCCAGCAUGCAAAAAACGGCCUCAAGGCUCGGAACGCUAGGAUGUACGCUGUGCGAGCGGAGCGCAGCCCUCUCAUCGACGUGGCCAGGCAGACAUACCGAGAGAACCUCAGCGACAUCGAGUCUCAUCGCCAGCAGCUAGAAAGCGAUACGAACCUGAGCCUGUCGCUCAAAAUGCUCCAAACCAAUCUAGACAGCAGCCAGAUACCGCACUUGCCCGACUACUUCACGAAUAUCACCAAGGCCAAAGGCGGCAAGCAGGUCACGAUGAUGACGUUGGCUCUUAAGAAGCUCAACGCUCGGUUGAAUGACUCGAUGACCGAAGUCCUGGUCAUGACCGAUACCAUUGUCAACGAGCUCAUCGACAACAUCGUCGAGCGUCUGGCAUCUCUCAAUAACAUUUCGGAGGCUCUGGGUCUUCUCGACAUGAUCUUCAGCUUUGCCACCGUGUCGAUGGUCAACGACUACGUGCGACCCGUCUUUGGCGACAGGCUGGAUAUCCGCACCGCACGACACCCUAUUCUGGACCGGGUCGAGGUCGGCAAGUCUUCCACGUCAAGCUUCAUCUCGCGCAGACGAGGCACUUUCGUUCCCAAUGACAUCUUCCUCGCCCCGGGCGAGCGCAUCUGCCUCGUUACUGGGCCCAACAUGUCCGGCAAGAGCACGCUGUUGCGUCAAAUCGCUCUCAUCACCGUUCUGGCUGGCAUCGGCUGCUUCGUUCCUGCGACGCGAGCUACACUGCCGCUGCCAGAUGCGCUCCUCAGUUUGUUGACGCAUGAAGACGAUGCCACCCAGAAUCUGUCGACGUUCGCAGCUGAGAUGCGCACGGCUGCCUUCAUUCUCAGCGUCGGCUCGCCAAACUCCCUCGUCCUCCUCGAUGAAAUGGGCCGAGGCACCAGUCCCGACGAAGGCUGCGCUCUCGCCACCGCCGUCAUCGAGGAGCUCCUCACUGAGAAAGGCAGCACCACGUUCUUCGCCACGCACUUUGGGGAGCUCGUCGACGGUCUCAGAACUAAAGAAGGCAUCGUGUGCCAGCAUCUCAACGUCUCGAUGGUGCAGAAAAGCGAGAAUGUCGACCUGGUCUUCCAUCAUAAGCUGCAUCUCGGUCCUGGUCUCAACACGCACUACAGCCUGCAAGUGGCCAAGAUGAUGGGCUGCUUCCCUGACGACUUCUUGCAACGUGCCCAGAACGUGGCGGUCGCCGAACAGCUGAUCAACGCAGAGCGAACGGCCUUGAUCGACAAUGAGGCCAGCGACCGGCGAAAGAUCUUGCGCCAGGUCGUACGCGAGCUGCGCCACCUUGUCGAAGGUUCAUCUGUCGAGGUGAUCGACAACGAAGACGAAGAGCCCGAGAAGCAGCCAGCAAAGAAGCUGAUCGAGAAGCUGUCGCUAUUGCAGCUGCACGCCAUUGACGAAGUACACCGCACUUAUCCCGAUCGGCUCUAG